GCGCUGUGGUGAAGGUAGCGGCUCCAAUAUUAUCUACCAACGAAUACAAAACUGCAGCAUAUUCAAACCCCAGAAUAAGCGCCGGGAGAGAGACAGCUCUGAAGACUGAGUUUAAUUUCUGACAGGUCAUCAAGACAUUGACAGUAUGGAUGAUAUGGAGGAUGACACCACGAUCAUAUCAACGCUAAGAUCGUUCAAUAGUUUAAUAUCUUGUCCAGACCGUUCUGUGCUGGAGGGCGAGUCAUCUUAUGGCAGAAGUGACCUUCAGAAACUUUAUACUAAAAGAGUGGAGAUGGAGGAGGCAGCCGCGCGCAUCCGCUCUCACACCAGCCUGCUGCAGCUCACUCAAGAGAAACAGCAGAUGGAGCUGAGUCACAAGCGUGCCCGUAUUGAGCUGGAGAAAGAGGCAAACAGCAGCUCCAGAGACUUACAGAGGGAAGUUGACCGUAACCGGGAUUUUCUGAUGAAGAUCAAACGUCUGGAUGAAAGAGAAGAGAAAGCAAAUCAAGCUCUAAACGAACAAAUUGAAAAGAACAAGACUCUGAAACGUAACAUUGAAGAGCUCCAGAAAAAAACAAAUGAGAAAGAUCUCAAACUUGCAGAGGGAGAACAGACUAUUGGUGAGUUAAAAGAUGAGACGCGAAGGCUCAAUCAACAGAUCCAGAUUCAGGAGUCCAAAUUCUCCACUCAGAAUCUGGAGAUCCAGGCCCUUCAAGAGCAACUGGAUGUGCAGCGCAAGAAAUUCCAGGACGUGAGUCAGAAGUACCAGAACGUACAGUCGUCUCAAUCCACCAGCACAGAGAGUGAACUCAAAAUUAAGGAGUUGGAGAGGCGUUUGGCCCUGCAGGAGCAAGACUCUGUGAUUGUGAAGAACAUGAAGUCCGAAGUGGCCAGACUGCCUGAGAUGGAGCGAGAGAUGAAACGCCUGCGGGAGGAGAAUACUUUCUUAAGAGAGACAAAAGAGAACAGCAGCCUGCUGAAAGAAGAAACGGAAGGGCUGAGGAGGAAGUUGGAGAGAAUGGAGAGAGUGAUAGAGGAGAAACUCAAACUAGAGUUAGAGAAAGAGAAAUUGGAACAUGAACUCCAGGCUUGGGAAAACAUCGGGCAGGUCACUGGACUUAAUAUUCGGAAACCUGAGGAUUUAUCCAGGGAAGUGAUACAAAUUCAGCAGCGAGAACUGACCCUGAAACAGCAGAACUACACAGUCAACAGCAGCAUUCGCUCAGUCGAGAAGGCCCGUGCCGAACUGAUACCCGAGAUUUCUCAACUUCGUGCCAAAGCUCAAGAGGAGCAGAAGAAACGAGAGAACCAGGACUCUCUGGUCCGUCGGCUGCAGAAAAGAGUGUUGCUGCUCACCAAGGAACGAGAUGGGAUGAGGGCCAUAUUGUCGUCUUACGAUAGCGAGCUGGUCGUAAGUGAAUACUCACCUCAGCUUACACUCCGGGUCAAGGAGGCGGAGGACAUGCUGCAGAAAGUCCAGGCCCACAAUUCUGAGAUGGAGAUUCAGCUGUCCAAAGCCCAAGAGGAGGCAGGCACCUUCAAACUACAAGCUCAGAUGGUUGCUGCAGAACUAGAGGAUCUCAGAGAGCAGCAGAAGUCAAAUACUGAAACAAGCACCUUAGCGACGGCGGAAGAGAACGCCACUCUAAGGCAGAAGAUUGAGGAAUUGGAGGCAGAACGUCAGCGACUGGAAGAGCAAAACAACAUCCUGGAGAUGAGACUGGAAAGGCACAACCUCCAGGGGGACUAUGAUCCAGUGAAGACCAAGGUGAUCCACCUGCAGAUGAAUCCCACCAGCAUCGGCAAGCAGCAGCGAGCUGAAGAGGUGGAGCAGCUCAGGGCCGAAUGUCAACGUUUGAGGGACCGUCUCAGAAAAAUGGAGGCAGGCGGGGCCAUGUCAACAGAUGAUACUACACUCAUCAUCCCACCUUCACAGGAAAUACUGGACCUGCGUAAACAGUUGGAAAGUGCGGAAUUAAAGAACCAGCGCCUGAAGGAAGUGUUCCAGAAGAAGAUUCAAGAGUUUCGCACGGCUUGCUAUGUAUUGACUGGGUACCAGAUCGAUAUCACUGUGGAAAACCAGUAUCGGCUCACGUCCGUGUAUGCUGAACACAUGGAAGAUUCGCUUCUGUUUAAGUCUACUGGUCCAGUAGGGAGUGGCAGCAUGCAGCUGUUGGAGACGGAUUUUUCCCGCACUCUUACCGGACUGGUGGAUCUGCAUCUCUUCCAUCAGAAGAGCAUCCCAGUGUUUCUCAGCGCAGUCACCAUCGAGCUGUUCAGCCGCCAGACUGUCAGCUGAUUUACCCAUCAUUCCUAGACCACAAAGCGUUCAGGGAGCCCGUGCACACACACACACACACACACACACACAGAGCCUCUUAGUUAGACUCACAGACACAGAACUCUUUUAAUAGCUUUACAGGGACAUUUAAACAGAGUUAAAAAUUAGAUAGGUGAGCUGAUAAGGAGAUGUUUAGGAUGUGCGAUUUUAUUGUGUGUAAUCUACAAUUAAAAUAAACAGCAAAGGUUAAAGGUUGCCUCAAAGCAUGAGUUCAAAAGUAGGACCUUAUAAUAGAUACACAGUGAAGGUACUGUAGUACUGUAUGAUGUUUGGGGUGUUUUGCUUACCAGAGGCUUAACAUCACCUUUUUUAUCAACGAAACAAUAAAGAAAUUUUAAACUUUCA